ACAUUCAACGCCCCGGCUGGCGGUGGAAUCUCGGGCGUUGGCCGAACUGUCCUGCCGGAGAGCGUUGGUACCGCGCCACAGCCCACAGUAGUUAAUCUCAAUCCCGUGACUGUAAUGGAUAUUGCCAAGCUGCUGGAGGGUGGUACUAAGGCGCCCGUUGGAAAACAGGCGUGCCGCACAAAGGAAUGCUUCCGUAAGGUGACGCAUAUUACCCAGGGUCAUGUUGGCUAUUUGUUUUUUUUGCGCAGGCUUUUUGGUGCCUCAAUAAAUGAUGUUAUCACCCGAACUCGUUUUUUUACUUUUCUGGCGGUGGAGGCGGGCUUGUCGUUUGAAUACUUCGCUAGCAGAUGUGGCAAGGGGAUUGACGGCGAACAUCCUACCGAAGCGCAUAGUUUCUUCGUUCUCAGUAACAUUCGUAUUUCGGAAGCGACCGUAUUUGCCGCAGAGACGGGCAAGUUGGGUGGCAGUCCAGACGCCCUGUGGACGCGCGGUGGCUCCGCUCUGGUCAGCCGCUUUUUGGCUCUAGAACGUCUAGUCUUCUCAAUGCGCCUCCUGCGACGAGGGCUCUGCCAACUGGCCUCCUCUCCUGAACACUACUCAAUGUUGAGAUGGCGUUUAAUCAGCAGUCACGCCGCGAUUUCUGCUGCACAUUACAUCCUAGUGAUACUGCCGACCCCGGAGUAUGUACCCCUUCGUCUGACGGCUAGCUUGCGCGAACUUUUGGAGCCUUCUGGUCCGGCUGGGCAUUUCGGCGUCGCUCUCAGUCAAGCGCUUUCUGCCCUGCGUGGCUCCUCAAACCUUUUUUUCUCCGUCCUAAAGGUAAGUCCUGUCACCUUCCUUCGCGAAGACUGUGCUCUGCGUUUUGCUGGUCGAACCUGGUUCGCCGACUGCGCAAACACUCUACGGAGGACGGUUGAUGUAACCACUACGGAAGCAGUAGGUGGGUCGCGGUCGACUUCCGAGGAACUGCUCACACCAGCAGAGCAAGCUCGCCGUCUAGUCUGUCUUUCGACCUCUCCGGAACUCCUUGCUCGAAUGCAUCCCGGCUGGAAUGCGUCACUGUGA